AUGCGGAACUUCUGGUCAAAGACUCCAAAUACCAUUUACACAGCAUGUCGCUGCACGAGCAGGCAAUUGACCUCCUUCUCAACAUGGCCUGCCCUAGCCGUCAAACAAUUACCCCCGCGUCCAAAGCUCGAUGACAAGGAGAUCACCGGUUCGUACCUUAAAGGAACGGGACCGGGAGGUCAAAAGAUUAACAAAACAAACUCCGCCGUCCAACUCAUCCACAAACCAACCGGCAUCGUAGUCAAAUCCCAAGCAACGCGCUCCCGAUCCCAGAACCAAAAGAUCGCGAAAGAAAUCCUAGCAGCAAAAGUCGAGGCUUUGGAAAAGGGGGAGCAGAGUCGGGAAGCGAUCAAGAACGCGUUGAAGAAAAAACGAAAAGCGAGCUCGAUGAAGAAGAAAAGGAGGAAGUAUAGGGCGUUGGAGGAGUCGAAGCAGGAGCAAGAAGGACAGGUUGAGGUGGAAGAGGAUGGGAGUUAUUACGAGGAAAAAUCGACAGCAACUACAACAACACGAUAA